AGACGAGAACUAUCAGAGUCCGUGCAACCGACAGCAACACAUCUUCCAACAACAUCUCUCUCUUCAUCUAUCUUUUGGUCAUAAUAUACAUCAUAUAUUCACUCCCUUGUGAAUUCACUCCUGCUAUAGCUUCCAAGACUGACGAGAGUUCAGCACGGGGCACGAGGGGGACAAGGCGUCGGUGGCGAUGGCCUCGUGGUUCAGUUGGAGCAGCGAGCCGGACUACCGGAGUCCGCGGCGGGACCCUUCUGACGUGGUCACGGACACCCUGAUGCUGGAGCUCAACUGGCAGCUGAAGGAGGCCGAGAGGAUGCAGCGUGAGAGGGACAGCGAGUACCGGCGCCUCCAGACUGGCGUGGARUACAGCUGGCUGGUCAACACGCCACGCAACACCUACGACGUGUUACCUGGUGAGAAGCUGGGCCUGGAGGACCUGUGCUCCAAGGUGCAUCCAUCCUACUGCGGAGCUGUCAUACUGAGGUUCCGCCAGGUGGUGACUGAGAACGAGCCGGAGGUGCAGGAGGUGUCUGRCCUUUUCCGCACAGUCGUCCUCGAGGCCUUGGACCGCAUGAGGGAGGAGCAGGAGGCGCAGCGGCUCUCGCGCCAGUGGAACAACAAACGGGCCAUGAGCAUGUCUCUCAUGAACUUCAAGUCACGCGUCAAGAUCAACCCCUUUGGCAGCACCUUGGGUCUGACCUCGACUGGAGGGGGAGGGGAGGGUGUGUGCGAGCUGAAGACGGUGUCAGAAGAUGUGGAGAAGGCGCUGGAGGAAAGGGCUGACAGGUCCCAGAGGGUGUGGAGCAUGCCCAACUUCAGACAUAAAGGGCUGUACACUACCAAGGCCGUCUGAGCUGGGGAUCCACAGGACAGUGUUGUGGUUCAGUGGAGGAUAGAGCGACGCUAGUGAGAUGUAGCCUAUAAUAAAACCCUGGAACCUGCCCAGUCUGCUUUGAACAAGAAUGGGGAGAAAUAGGAGACAUGUUUCUCCCAUCCUCUCCUUCGGCAGUGUGGGGUCAUCCACUAUUGAAAGCUUUUGACUUAUGAAUUCAAUAUGGGGAGCUAUGCUAAGGAUAUUUUACAAUGUUUUGAGAUUUUCAGACACAUUCUUUGCUGUACCUUUAUUGUAAAUUAGAUCGUUUCUAAGAAAAUUGGGUUGCAGCCCAGUCUGCUUUGAACAAGAAUGGGGAGAAAUAGGAGACAUGUUUCUCCCAUCCUCUCCUUCGGCAGUGUGGGGUCAUCCACUAUUGAAAGCUUUUGACUUAUGAAUUCAAUAUGGGGAGCUAUGCUAAGGAUAUUUUACAAUGUUUUGAGAUUUUCAGACACAUUCUUUGCUGUACCUUUAUUGUAAAUUAGAUCGUUUCUAAGAAAAUUGGGUUGCAUGCACUUCCUUUUACUGUGCUUUUUUUCUUUAUAACAACAUAAUACUCCGGAGCUACAUGUAUUUAAAUUGUAGUUAACCAAUGAGACUUACACAUGAAACAA